AUGCCCUUCUUUGGCGUCGAUGACAUCCUCUUUUUACUGGCCUCGACAACGGCGCUGCUAUGGGCGAAGCGGGCCGAUAUCGUGGAGUCUGGCAUCUAUACGACAGUCAAAAUCCUCACAGAUGACCCUCAAGAAGCCGCACGCCGUGCCGCAGCGGCCGGAGCCGCGCAAGGGAGCACCCCGACACUGCUACUCAAGGGCUUCGACCUCCAGGCAGAGGAGGCCCACCUUCUCUGCUUUCAGAACUCUACCAGGCAAGUGAAAACGCAGCUUCUCCCUGAGAUGUCAGCCCUGAUACCUGCACGAGACGGUGAUGACAGAAGCGGCGCGUCCUCCUCGGCGCCGCUGUUUGUGAAGGAAAGUGUGCAUACGCAGUUCCGUGAAACCCCUGUGGUGCACCAAGUGCCUCAAGUGCCGCACCGCCACUACAACCUUCACAAGCGGCGCCCUCACGUUUCCUCCCUGGCCACCGCCUCCGAGGACGAUGUCAAGGAGCGCAUUGCGAGCUACUCGGUCGCCGAGGUGCAGGCACUCUUCUGCAAGAUGGAGCAGGAGGCGUUGUGGGAGGCGGCCAUCCACGUCAGCUAUGGCAUCGAUAAGGCAAAGCAACAGCUGCGCUACCUCAACCAGCACAACGUCGAAUGCGCGAUUCGAACGUUGCUGAACACGUCUCAUGCGGACGUGGCCCUCAUCUACUACUUCCGCUUUGGCGAAGACAUGCUUGUCUCGGACGACAUAUUAGUGGCGCUCUUUCACGCCUGUCGGAAUGACGAGCAGCUCAGCCUGGAACUAUGCCACGCACUGCAGCCUUUCAAGUCGCAGUGGACCCCGACGGUGUACGCCUGCUGUCUCACCACCGCAGCCCGCUUCGACUAUGAGCAAGCCAUAGGGCUUUACCACGCCUAUAUGGAAACGCAGCACAGCGAGCAGGUGGCCUCGAAAGGCAUGCUGCGCCGCGUGUUAGCCGCCUCCGCGCUUCUGCGCGAGACCGGCGUUGUGGCCGCGCCGGCGCCGCUGCAGCUGCACUACCUGUAUCACGUCAUCAUACCACUCGUCGUCGCGCACGAUCCGGCGAGUGCGGACACCUACAUGGCCGAUAUGCUGGUGAAGGACGCCGAGUCAGCCCCAGAUGUGCUGCUCAAGUGCCUCGGUUUCAGAAAGGGUGAGGAGCUCGCCUGGAGGUAUCUUGACGACAUUACAAGCGGCGCCACCGAUUCAACGGCGGCGAACGCAGUCAAGCAAUGGGUACUGGCACAGAAGAGGGUACAGCGCACCGGCAGUGCCCCUCUCGACGUCGCUGGCAUGGCCAUUAACCUGUACCGACUGCGGCCAUCGGCUAUGAACAUGAACACCAUUCUGAAGCUGUGCACCGAGUGUGUGAAUGUCAGGGAGGGCGAGGCAGUGAAGGCGGCCUCCACCGGCGUGACGCAACACGAAUUGGGUACCACAGAUUCUCCAAAGAGUGCUGCACCUUUGUGUGCCACACUUAAGCGCUUGGCAAGUGGCCGGGUAGCGGUGCUGACGCAUCUUCUGCUUCGCAUGCCUCUCCAGUCCGAGCUCGAUGCCACCGUGUUGACGCGCACCAUCACCGAGCAGCAUGCGUCCUGGGGGCUCGCCACGCAGUUCCUCUCUGUGAUGCUGCGGCGCAAGUGCUUCAACGUUGUACCGAGUAUUGCAGCUCACGUCUCCCGUCAGGGACAGUGGGCGACGGCGGCCAAGUCAAUGGCCAUCUAUCUCAGUAAUCAGCGGGCGGCCAUGACGGCAACGGAGGCGAAACUGUGUAUUGAUUCGUGCGUGCACGCAGGGCAGUGGGCCAGCGCACUGUUCUGGGUGGAGCGCGCGCAUACGAAGGGUCUCGCCCUUGGCUCCUCCACCUACAACCUCGUCCUGGGAGUGAGUCGCCACUGCAACUUUGAGGCAACGAAGCGCGUUGUGACGACUAUGCACGACGUCGGUGCGUUCUGCUCGGAGCAGGGCAUCCUCGACUUUAUCGAAACCGCCGCCCAUCGAGGGAAGGUGGCCAAUGCACUCUGUGUUCUGCGACAUCACAGCAAUGUUGACUGGACACCAUGA